UAAUGGCGUGUAUUAACAAAUACGUGUCCUUGCUAUCCGUAUAUGUUUGAUUUUCAACUCUCACUUGUAUACUAAAAUGUUUUCUCGGUGACGGCAUCUGAAACUAAAACACUACCUGAACAGGUGGGGUUACCACCAAACAGGAAGUUGACCCAAAGAGACUAAUGGAAGACGGUUUGACCGGUUUUGGGCGGGUAAUUCAAUAUGCAAACAAUCAAACGGUGACACACAACAGAGGUUUAAAUGUUUAAAUGAUUUCUUAUCAAGGCGUCAUAGACACAGGCACAGUACUGUAUUCAUUAUAGCUUAAGUGUAUAUAUUUUUUGUAAUUCGGUCGUAUGUGAUUUGAAUGGGUUUGUCCAAUGAAAACAAAGAGCUGUCCAAAAUGGCUGUCCAACCGACCCUCAUCUCUGGGCACAAUAGAAGUUAUUGAAUAUAUGCAAAUUAUAUGUGUUUAAAGAUAGAAACCAAUAUUUUGUGGUGGUUUUGGAAACAUUUUUUCCCAAAGUCCCAACAUAUUUUCUUUGAGCAUGAAGACUAUAUCAGAAAUGUGUGUGUGUGUGUGUAACCAAGAAGAAAAUUGACUUCUUCCAGUGUCAUUCAUAAUAUGACUGAAAGUGUGCCAUGACAUUUACAGAAUGACAAAACCAAGAGAAGGUUUUAUUUUUGUGUCUUAGGAGGUUUAAAUGGCAAUAAAGCUCAUUUAAAAAAUGAACAAUAUAUGUGUAUUGCCGUUUGCCAUGUAGUAAAACAAUAUGUCAAAUAAUAUCAGUAUACAGUGAGUGUACUUCAGCGUUCCCGCCUCUUUGUUCUCAUUUAAUAAAGGAUUCUGACUCAAUCAUGCUUGUCACUUGCAGGGUGGGACAAAAUGUCAACCAGAUGACUGCCAAGGACCCCCUGCUAAUCUCUCUGGACCCGUUCACCACAAUCAACAGUGAGGAUGUUGUCUCCACGCGGCUGUACUUUGUGAACGCCUCCCUGCAGCGGGUGACCUUCUCCAGCUCGGUGGGGGUGUCCCUGCCCUGCCCCGCGGGCGGCGCCCCCCAUGCCGUCCUGCGCUGGUACCUGGCUGCCGGAGACGACAUUUACGACGUACCCCACAUCCGCCACGUGCACGCCAACGGCACCCUCCAGCUCUACCCCUUCUCUCCGUCCGCCUACAACAGCAUCAUCCAUGACAACGAGUACUUCUGCACCGCCGAGAACCAGGCGGGAAAAAUCCGGAGCCCCAGCAUUCACAUCAAAUCAGUGUUCAGGGAGCCAUAUACAGUCCGUGUGGCUGACCAGCGCUCCAUGCGGGGUAAUGUCGCUGUCUUCAAGUGCCUCAUCCCCUCUGCUGUCCAGGAGUACGUCAGCGUGGUGUCCUGGGAGAAAGACACGGUGUCCAUUGUCCCAGGUAACCGUUUUUUCCUGACCUCCUUUGGCGCUCUGUAUAUCUCAGAGGUGCAGAAGGAAGACGCUCUGUCCACCUACCGCUGUAUCACAAAGCACAAGUACAGCGGAGAGACUCGGCAGAGCAAUGGAGCCAGGCUCUCUGUUAUGGACCCUACGGAGUCCACCCCGUCAGUGCUGGACAGUUUCCAGUCCGGUGAGGUGAAGGUAGGGCACAGCGUGGAGCUGCCCUGCAUCGCAUCCGGUUACCCCAACCCCACCAUCAGGUGGUUAAAGGAUGGGCGGCCCUUGCCGGCAGACUCCCGCUGGACGCGCCGCAUCACAGGCCUCACAAUAUCCGACUUAAGGUUGGAAGACAGCGGCAACUACAUCUGUGAGGUCACAAACAGCUUCGGCUCCAAAGAAGUGACGGGUCACCUCAACGUCAUAGAGCCCCUGCGGGUCACCUUGUCCCCCAAGAACCUCAAGACAGGCAUCAGUAGCACGGUCAUCCUGUCCUGUGCUGUCCAGGGUUCUCCCCACUAUACUGUGUCAUGGUACCGUAAUACGGAGCCCGUCCUGCCUGACCAACACUUCUCCAUCCAGGGCGCUCACAACGAGACCUUGUUUAUUUCUGCCGCACAAAAAAGACACUCAGGAGCUUACCAGUGCUUUGCCAUACGCAAGGGUCAAACUGCCCAGGACUUCUCCAUCAUUCUGCUGGAAGACGGCACGCCGCGUAUUGUGGCCUCCUUCAGCGAGAAGGUGGUAGUACCAGGCGAACCCUUUUCCCUGAUGUGCACCGCCAAAGGAGCGCCUCCCCCAACCAUCACCUGGACCCUGGACGACGAGCCGGUGGCCCGCGACCUGUCCCGCGUGCGAGCCAGCCAGUACACGCACUCGGACGGCAGCACCGUGAGCUAUGUCAACGUCAGCAACCCCCAGAUCCGCGACGGAGGAUUGUAUCGGUGCGCCGCACGAAACUCGGCCGGUAGCGCCGAGUACCAAGCGCGCAUAAACGUAAGAGGUAAUCCAAGGAUUCGGCCCAUGAAAAACAUCACAGCCGUGGCAGGAAGAAGCUCUUUUGUAAACUGUCGCGUGAUUGGCUACCCGUAUUAUUCCAUCAACUGGUACAAGGAAGGACUCCUGCUGCCUGACAACCAUCGACAGGUGGUGUUCGAAAACGGCACCCUGAAGCUCACCGAUGUCCAGAAGGGGAUGGACGAGGGGGCGUACGUCUGCAGCGUGCUCAUACAACCUCAGCUGUUCAUCAAGCAGACUGUAUACGUCACAGUCAAAGUUCCACCCCUGAUCCAGCCGUUCGACUUCCCACCGACCUCCAUCGGUAAGCUGAUGUACAUCGCCUGUGUUGUGGCGUCCGGCGACAUGCCCAUACGCAUCACGUGGCGUAAGGACGGCCAGGAGAUUGUGCCGUCGUCGGGCAUCACCAUCGACACCAAGGAGUUCAUGAGCUCCCUGCAGAUCUCCAAGGUGUCGCUCAAGCACAACGGCAACUACACCUGUAUCGCCAGCAAUGACGCCGCCACUGUGAGCACUGAAAGGCAGCUCACGGUCACAGUGCCUCCUCGUUUUGUGGUGCAGCCCAACAACCAGGAUGGAAUCUAUGGGAGGUCAGGGAUUCUAAACUGCUCUGUGGAUGGAUACCCUCCACCUAAGGUCAUGUGGAAGCAUGCCAAAAGUGCACUAGCGGGUAUUGGGAGCCCACAGCAGUACCACCCAGUGCCUCUGACGGGCCGCAUUCAGAUCAUGAAUAAUGGCUCACUGCUCAUCCGGCACGUCCUGGAGGAGGACCGUGGCUUUUACCUGUGCCAGGCCUCCAACGGGGUGGGCUCCGACAUCAGCAAGAGCAUGGUGCUCACUGUUAAGAUCCCAGCCAUGAUCACAAGCCACCCCAACACCACCAUGGCCAAGAAGGGUCACGUUAAGGAGCUGAACUGCACCGCCAGGGGAGAAUGGCCCAUCAUCAUUCGCUGGGAGAGGGGCGACACCGUCAUCGACCCUGACCGCAAUCCCCGCUACUCUAUUACCACCAGCCCCAACGAGAAGACGGAUGAGGUGUUGUCCACCCUCAAGCUGAAGCCAGCAGAGCGUGAGGAUUCGGUCUUCUUCUCCUGUCACGCCAUCAACUCGUAUGGUGAAGGGCGAGGGCUCAUUCAGCUCACUGUACAAGAGCCUCCAGAUCCCCCGGAACUGGAGGUACGAGAGGUGAAAGAUCGCAGUAUGAAUUUACGGUGGACUCAGAGGUUUGAUGGGAACAGCGUCAUCACCUCCUAUGACAUCGAGUACAAGAACAAGACCGAUUCCUGGGAGCUGAAGCACGCAACUCGUAACAUCUCCCCCACUAACAAUCAGGCCAACAUAGUGGACCUCCACCCAGCCUCCGUCUACAGUAUCCGCAUGUACUCCUACAACGCCAUCGGCAAGAGUGAGGCCAGUAAAGAACUCACCAUCAGCACGGAGGAAGCUCAACCUGAUGGCCCGCCGAUAGAUGUGAUCCUGCAGCCGGUGACCUCUCAAAGCAUCCGUGUCACUUGGAAGGCUCCCAGGAAGGAGCUUCAAAAUGGAGUCAUCCGGGGUUACCAGAUCGGUUACAGAGAGAACGGCCCAGGCAGCAACGGUCAGUACAGCAUCGUGGAGAUGAAGGCGACUGGAGACAGCGAAGUAUACACACUGGACAACCUCAAAAAGUUUGCCCAGUAUGGCGUGGUGGUUCAGGCCUUCAACAGGGCCGGGACCGGGCCUUCCAGUUCCGAGAUCAACGCCACCACACUGGAGGAUGUUCCGAGCCAGCCUCCCCAGAAUGUCCGUGCCAUCUCCGUCACAUCGGAUGAGGCCGUCAUCUCCUGGGCUGAACCUCCCAGGAUGACCCUGCACGGUGUUCUGAAAGGCUACCGUGUCGUGUUUUGGCCCGUCUUCCCUGACGGAGAAUGGGGUGAGAUGCAGAACAUCACCACCACCAAGGAGCAGGUGGAGCUGAGGGGUUUGGAGAAGUUCACAAACUACAGCAUCCAGGUGCUGGCCUACACGCAGGCUGGCGAUGGCGUGCGCAGCAAAGUCCUGUACCUCCAGACCCGGGAAGACUACCCUGGGCCCCCAGCUGGCAUCAAAGCCGUGCCCUCCUCUGCCAGCAGUGUUGUGGUGUCCUGGUUACCCCCUCAUAAACCAAAUGGAAUCAUCCGCAAGUACACCAUCUACUGCUCCAGCCCAGGGUCGGGCCAACCAAUGCCCAGCGAAUACGAAGCCAACCCACAGCUCGUCUUCUACCGCAUCAGCCACCUCAACCACCGGCAGCAGUACCUGAUCUGGGCCGCGGCCGUCACCACUGCAGGACGGGGGAAUUUUAGCGAACAGGUCACUGUUGAACCCGCCGCCAAGGCCCCAGCUAAAAUCCUGUCAUUCGGGGGUACGGUGACCACACCAUGGAUGAAAGAGGUACGACUGCCCUGCAACUCUGUAGGAGAGCCGACGCCAACUAUUAAGUGGACCAAAGACAGCGAGAACACAGCUAUCCCAAUGUCUCUGGAUGGACAGCGCCUCAUCAUGUCCAAUGGUACGCUGGUGCUGCGCUCGGUCAAAGCGGAAGAUUCUGGCUACUACACCUGCACGGCUACCAACACGCUGGGCUUCGACACCAUCAUCGUCAAUCUUUUAGUGCAAGUUCCUCCAGACCAGCCUCGUCUCACUGUUUCUACCACGUCCACCUCCUCCAUCACGCUAGCCUGGAUACCAGGCGACAAUGGCGGGAGCUCUAUCAGAGGUUUUGUGCUGCAGUACUCCGUGGACAACACAGAGGAGUGGAAAGAUGUGUUCAUCAGUUCCACCGAGCGCUCCUUCAAACUGGACAACCUGCGCUGUGGUACAUGGUACAAAGUCAAGCUGGCGGCCAAGAACAGUGUGGGAGCGGGACGCAUCAGUGAGAUCAUUGAGGCAAAGACACACGGCCGAGAGCCCCAGUUCAACAAGGACCAGCCUGUCUUCACCCACAUCAACUCUAGCCACGCCCGCCUCAACCUGCAAGGCUGGGCCAGCGGCGGCUGUCCAAUCAGCACCGUGACCCUUGAGUUUCGCCCGAAAGGCACAUGGGCGUGGCAGAACGUGCGCACCAAUGUCACUGCUGACGUGUUCCUGGCUGAGCUGCGCGAGGCCACCUGGUACGAGCUGAAGAUGAAAGCCUGUAACAGCGCCGGCUGUGGCAACCAGAGCUCCCAGUUUGCCACACUGGAUUAUGACGGCAGUACAAUUCCACCAAUCAAGUCCCCCCUGGAAAAGAACGACGACGUGAAGAAGCUGUUUUCUAUCGGCUGCCCCGUGAUCCUGGUCACCCUUGGCGUGGCGCUCCUCUUCAUCAUCCGCAAGAAACGCAAAGAAAAGAGGCUGAAGAGACUCAGAGAUGCCAAAAGCCUGGCAGAGAUGCUGAUCAGCAAAAACAACCGGAGCUUUGAUACCCCAGUGAAGGGGCCGCCUCAGGGCCCACGCUUACACAUCGACAUCCCGAGAGUGCAGCUGCUGAUCGAAGACAAAGAGGGCAUCAAGCAGAUCGGCGAGGACAAGGCCACCAUACCUGUGACAGACACCGAGUUCAAUCAGACCGGGAACCCACAGAGCUUCUGCGCAGGUGUGUCCGUUCACCACCCUGCUCUCAUCCAGAACACUGGUCCUUUGAUUGACAUGUCAGACAUCAGACCAGGAACCAAUCCAGUUUCAAGGAAGAGCAUCAAAUCUGCCCACAGUAUCAAAAACCGCUACUCCAGUCAGUGGACCCUGACCAAGUGUCAGGCUUCCACACCGGCCCGCGUUCUUGCUUCAGAUUGGCGCACAGUCAGCUCGCAGCACGGCAUCACCGUCACAGAGAGCGACAGCUACAGCGCCAGCCUCUCGCAGGACACAGAUAAGGGUCGUAACAGCAUGGUGUCGACGGAGAGCGCCUCGUCCACCUACGAGGAGCUGGCCAGAGCGUACGAGCACGCCAAGCUGGAGGAGCACCUGCAGCACGCCAAAUUUGAGAUCACGGAGUGCUUCAUCUCCGACAGCUCGUCUGACCAGAUGACCACGGGCACCAACGACAACGGCGACAGCAUGACGUCCAUGAGCACACCCUCGGAGCCUGGAAUUUGCAGAUUUACGGCCUCACCGCCCAAACCCCAGGACUACGAUCGAGGCAAAAAUGUUGCUGUGCCCAUCCCUCAUCGUGCCAAGAGUGACUACUGCAACAUCCCCCUCUACAUGAAGUCCGAUCCUUUCUUCCGAAAGCAGUCAGAGCAUCAUGACCCGUGUCCAGUGGUCCCACCCCGUGAAGCCUCCAUCCGCGGCCUCGCCCAGCGGGCCUACCAUACCCAGGGCCGUCACAUGACUAUGGACUCCAAGCAGCAGGCCCUCGCAAUGGGCCACUCUGGCCUGUCCAACCUCACCUCCUCUGGAGCUUCAGCUGGAGGAGCCUCAGGAGGGAGCGCAGGAGGCAUGUCCACCAGCUCCAGCAGUUCCACGCUCCCCCAGAGGACUCUCACCAUGCCGGGCUCCUCAGCCACAGGGGCCCAGAGUGCGGCCGCCGCCGCUGCUGCCACUGCUGCUGCCACCGCCGCCGCUGGAGCGUCAUCAUCCUCCAGCGGAGGCGGGGCAGCCGGGGCCACAGGAGGCACCCCAGGUGGCGCCUCCUCAUCCUCUAAGAUGGGAGGAUCCAGAGACUCCCUCCUAGACAGCAGCUCGUCAGGCUUAGGCAGACUACAGAAGCAGAGGGAUGGAGGGGCGGGAGCCUACUCCAAGUCCUACACACUGGUGUAGCCUUGACGUCAUGGUGGCCUCGCUCUGGAACUUCUCUUAAAAAGAUUAGCCAGCGCUUGUCUGGAGCCUCUAUUGACAAGUGGGGUGAUGAAGGCCCCAAUGCCCAGCUCACCCAUCAGUGCCUGCACUGCGCCAGGCUGCAGGGGGCUGCUCGGGCUCCCAUCAACACUGCAGUAAGGAGGAGUUUGGGUCUCCACAGCACAGGGGGUGGCCUUUCUUUCUGCCUGAUCACAUUUCCGUUACUACUGCGUUUCCCCACCUCUUAUGCCACCGCAUUUAUUGAUCCUCUUCACAUUUUCAUCUUCUGAUUGGGCCAACAUAUGCACAAAAUCCUUUCCAACAAUUUUACACAAACGUGUUGAUGUAUGAGCCCAUAUUACAUCAUCGUGCUGUGGCGGGAUGGUCAUGGUAAAAGUGAUGCAACAUGUUACAUUAAGGAAUUCCAUGUUUACACUUGCACAGUUCAACAUGUCUGGAAAGGAGUGAGAAGAAGAGUUUAACUCUACCCCUUCUCCGUGUCUCAGCAAUUACCGAUACAGUGGAAGCUCGUUUUUUUUGUCAUCAAAAGCUCAGACGAAAACCUGUAACGUACGAAAACUGACUCGAUACUAUUUCAUGUCAAUCUUGGUUAAUCCUUUACAUUCCAAUUCUAUUCGUACUUUGGUACGACUUUCUCGAAUUCAACAGUGUUUCUCACCUUCUUCGUUAAAGUUGUGGCACUUUUAUGCAGCCAUAUUCCAUUUAAAAAGCACAGAUUCCUUAAACUCUCAAAAAUAUGCAGUGCACAUAAAUGCCUCACCAGGCAUCUGCGGACUGUGCUUGAUAGGGGGAAGGAAGAAGACCGAUAUGAGUUGUUCUGUGUGGGUUCUAUGCGCUAGUAAACCACACACAUAUAAAACAAAAAGGGUUAAAGAAUUCCAUGCCCGGAAUCUGUCUAUGGUUUCCCAAUUCUAAAAGUGACUCAAUAACACAUAGAUGCUUUGUUUGGGCAAUCAGUUCCAUUGCUAGCUUUUUAGAUGUACUGUUUGGCUGAGAGUACAAAAACCCAGACAUACAUUUAGAAAUAAAUUUUGAAAAAAAAACUGGGAUGUACGGAAAACCGAGAUUCAACUGUAGCUAGUUCAAUUCCUGUGCGAAGCAAAUGUUACCACUUUCUGAACGGACUGGUAGGGCGAUCGUCUCCCAACCUGAAGUUUGCUGUUUCGAUCUUCCGUCCCCACCUGAGCAUGUCAAAGUAUCUUUGGGAACGAUACCGAACCCGAUAAAUGUGGCAAACUCAAAAGAAGAAAAUAAUUUUGAUGCUUUCACUGGAUGCAUUACACACCAGCCUUUGCAACAUAUUGAGGAUUGGAGUGAUGAAAAUGUAACCUCAUGAGUAUGAGUGUAAAGUCAGGUGUCAAAACAACUUCACCCGCACCUCCAUUUUGCACCCUUUAAGGGGCACAAUUGCUGCAUUUUGAAUUUUUGCUGUAUGGGAAAGUUCUUGAAAGAAAGGAAGGGACGUUUUCAGUCAAUCAUCAUUCCGUGCUGAAGUCUUUUGAACCCUUUCCACACCUCCAUCAUCUCCAUACAGCAUCACUGUGACUGACCCCCGAGCAAAGGUUGUCGAGAUGCAUAACAACACCAAUUCCAACUUCACACAUUCGUGAACAAAAAGAGCUCUAAAGUGAUAUUUAAGGUACGAGUUUAGCUUUACGCAUGGUACUGUAUGUCUACUGUUUAUUUUAUGACGACAGAGUACUAGGGCCGCGUUGACAACAAAAAAAUCUGAGAUUUCAAGAACAAAGUCGUAAAUUUAUAAGAAUAAAGUUGUAGAUUUACGGAAAAAAAAAAGUCAUAAAAAUACAAGAAAAAAGUUUACAUUUACGAGAAUCAAGUCGUACCAAGGCUAAAGGUCACAAAAGUACCCCCCUUUCAUAGCUGUUUCCGGCAAUGCCUGUUACGAUGAAGUAUUAAAAUAAUCUGAGAUUUUGACAACUCGUAAUAUUCCGACAAUAAAGUCCUACAUUUAGGAUAAAAAAACAAAACUCCUAACAUGGAGGGGGCGGUGUAAGGAAGGCGGACGUAAGCUAGCCAUGCUAAUCUGUUUGUGUUCAACUGUGCUGUUUUACUGCCACAUUAUAAAUAAAAGAACGUUUCCUCUAUUUUCCCUGUGACACAAUGACACGCUCAUUUCAAAAGAGUUUAUUCUCAUAAUUUUAAAACUUUUUUCUUACUUUAUCCUGGAAUUUUUCUCGUAAAUGUACAACUUUAUCUCGAAAUCUCUAUUUUUUUUUUUAUUUAAUUUUGAUGUGGCUCUAAUAUUCCGUCAGAACUCCCAAAGCUUACGCCCAUGACAAAGAAAAAGUUUAGUUAAAAAACAAAACAAAACAGAGUUACUCCAAAUGCAAACAUCAGGGCUGUCGCAAUAGAAAAAGGUAUGUUUCUUUUUAAGAUGAAAAAUAUAUACAUGUACAUAUAUAUUUCUAUUUAAAUAUAUAGCGAUAUAUGACUAUUGAGAAGCCGUUCUAAUUGAAAAUAUAUGAGAAAAGAUCACACAAGACAAUCGCUCAGAGAAAGAGGAAGAAGGAAGAAAGGAAGCGAGGAAGGAAGGAAGAAGUCUUAACGGGUAGCACAAGCGUCAUUGCGAGGGAAAGGAAAAGAUUUUCAGGAAGUCUCUUGUGAAAAAGCACAGUUUGGUUGUCGUGCGAGAUUGUGUCGCUAGGUAGAAAAGAAGCUUGACGUUGAAAGAGAAAGACGAGUCAAAACAAGGGUACAGUAAGUGAGUGAGUGAGCCUGUUGUCAUGUGUUGUAUUGUACCCUACAAAGGUGUGUUCACCAAAUCAACGCCAUCACCUGAUGACGGGAGACACAACUCGGACUUGUGUUUUAUGAUUCCUCAGCAAACAUGUCAUCAUUUUGGCCUUUACUCUAACAUAUUGACGUUUGGGAAAACGCGAGUUGCAUACACAGCAGCAAGCGACUGCCGAAUAGUCGGGCCUCUUGCACCCUCUGCCGGUCGCUGCCCGGUAUUGCAGCCAUUAAUGCUGAACGUCACCGUCCGCUAAUAAAAACAUCCAAAUAGUUCUUAAGAUAAUUAUUCCACCACCUGUCAUAAAUACUUCAUAUUUUAGAAAAAUAUAUAGCUUUUGUUUUAUAUUUUAUUUAUUUUUUUGGUGUAGGAAUGAUGCAAGUAAAAACAAAAUCAUGGAUAUCAAAAGUAAUUUAAGAUAUUUCACCUACUAUAUUACAUACUUAUAUGACAGAACAUGACAGAACAAAAAAAAUAAUAAAUAAAAGAAUAAUAAUCUGACGAAAACCAAAAUGUGAAACCUCUGUUUUUGUUUUUAUUAUUUUAUUUUGUCUUAUUUUCUCUUCUCUGUCUACUACAGUAUUUUGGGUUAUAGCAGUGUAAAGGUGACUGUAGGGGUGUUAUUUCAUGUCUAGAGGGCUCUAAUAAUGUUUUAAACAAACAUUUAUAGGGUCGUAAACAGCUUUUUCAGGCUCCAAUUACAAAAAUUUUCCUAUUUUGUGGCAAUUCACUCACCACGGCCAAGUAUGCGAUAAAUGAGGGAUUACUUUAAAUUUUUCCAAAAGGUCUGACAAAAACUAAAUUUUAAAGUUCAUUUUUUCUCAGUAUUCCAUUCAAAAAAAGUCAAGAUGAAAACUGAAAUGUAUGAGAACCAAACAAUUUUUUUCCUUGUAGGAAAUAAUGUCAAUUAAAUUCACCCGUUCCAGACAAAAUACCUUCUUUCAUUGGCCCCAUGGCGGGUUAUUUAGUAGUCACGUUUAGUAGACGGACAAGCACAAUGUUGUAAAAUUGAGAGUUGCGUCCGAAAGCCGAGGUUUCACUGAAACUUGUGUGAUUAUUUUUGCUGAAAAAUGUGCAAAUUCAAAAGAUGCUAACAUUAGCUUGGUUCAGUUUCACAUGAUUGACAAAGUGUGUCCACCAGUAGGGGGAGCCCUAGAGUUUUAGUGGUAAAAACCAUACUAUCCCAUGUGGCAGGGGUGUCCAAGAGCAGUGUAGUCGGUUUUGGUUUGGCCCGCAGCACAAUGGCCAAAAUAAAAUGAAACCAAAAAAAAGAAGAAAAAAUGGAGCAAAAAGGCACAAUGUAAAGUGUUGAUAUUAUUAAUAAUAAUAUAUUGAAAUACGUAUAUAUACAGUAUAUACAUAUAUAACUUUUUUUUUUUUUUUUAGCAUUUUUACAAAUUAAAAAAAUACAAAAGUGUCCCUUUACAUUCUUUCAUUUUUGAGUACGCGUUCGGCCACCCCUGCCUUACGCCUACUUUGACUCACCCUUUUAGGAAAAUAGCUGCACCCAUGCCAAGCUUGCAUUUUCCUAACUUUUGCAUCCUUUUUUACUUUUUGCUUUGAUUUUUUCCCCCCAAGGACAGCGACGGGACAUGGUCUGAAAUGUGUACACAACACUUUUAUUCUUUAAAUGUUUCCACAUCAGCUCAACCAAUCACCCCACCCCCACCCCACUACACACAC